AUGUCCUCCGCAAUGUCCAAACGUCUCGAGGGUAAAACCAUUGUUAUAACUGGUGCCUCUUCAGGAAUUGGCAGAAGUACCGCUUUGGAAUUUGCAAGAACAUCUCCUAAAGAUUUGAGAUUGAUCCUGACAGCGAGAAGAAUUGAUGUUCUUGAGGAAGUGAAGAAGGAUAUUGAGAAGGAAUGUGGUGAAGGUGUGAAGGUUUUGGCUGUGAAGUUGGAUGUUAGUAAACCUGAGGAGGUGAGGGGCUUUGUUGAGAGUUUGCCGGAGGAGUGGAGGGAGAUUGAUGUUUUGGUUAAUAACGCUGGUCUAGUAAAAGGAGUAGCACAAGCCCCCUCUAUCGCCGAAGAAGAUAUUAACACAAUGUUCUCAACAAACGUAACUGGAUUAAUCAACAUGACUCAAGCCAUUCUUCCAAUCUUCAAAGCACGUUCCGAUGGUGGAAAAGGAGAUAUUAUAAACAUUGGCAGUAUUGCAGGAAGAGAAUCAUACCCAGGAGGAAGUAUCUAUUGUGCCACCAAAGCAGCCAUUAGAAGUUUUGGAGAUUCAUUGAGAAGGGAAUUAAUCGCUACAAGAAUAAGAGUUAUUGAGAUUGAUCCUGGACAAGUGGAAACGGAAUUCAGUGUCGUCCGAUUCAAUGGGGAUAAGAAAAAGGCAGAUGCUGUCUAUGCCGGAUGUGAACCAUUGACACCGGAUGAUAUCGCGGAAGUUGUCGUUUUCACUGCCGGAAGAAGAGAAAAUGUGGUUAUUGCCGAUACAUUGAUUUUCCCAAAUCAUCAGGCUGCAGCUACGGUUCUGCAUAAGAAGUCGUAA